CUAAUAUACAUCUCUCUCUCCUUCCACAAAUGCGCAAAAGCUCCAAACCCGUCACGAAUCAAUUGGACUAGGGAUUCACGAACAUCUCCUCUCCCAUGAAACUAGGAAUAGCUUAGUUCAAGUUGUGGCGUCAGCUAGGUAAACUGAAAAUUUGACAAAGUGGUCUUCUUUUUCUUCUCUCAUCACUAGUUCGGUCUUCUUCUGUGGAAUUCAAUCAAAGUUGUUCGAAACAUUCAUACCUGAUUCUAUAUCACUGCCAUGAAACGUGGCUCAAUUUGUUGCAGAUAUAGUUGGUGGUUGUUAUUGAACAGACAAAGGUCAACUUGAUCCAGAAAUAGUUGGCCAAAGUGAUGUUCAUUUGGAUUCCCAGAUUUCUAAGAUGCGUAGGCCUCAAUACGAGUCCAACCCAAAAGAUGUCCUUGUGAACCCUUGUUCAACUCCCAGCUGUAAUACUCCCCAGAGAGAUUCAACUCCCCCAAAACUACCACCAUCUUCUGGUACUAAAAUCAGCCCAGCUGUUCUUCUCAUAAUAGUGAUGCUAUCUCUGAUUUUCUUCAUCUCUGGUCUUCUCCACUUGCUUGUUAGAUUCCUCAUGAAGAAACGCGGGCAAUCCCUCUCCUCCUCCCAAUCCAGCAGGACUCAAGAAAUCCCAAACUCUGGGACCGUGGUUCAAAGACAGCUCCAGCAGCUCUUUCAUCUUCAUGACUCAGGUCUAGAUCAAGCCUUCAUUGAUUCUCUCCCACUUUUCACAUACAAAGAUAUAAUGGGUCUGAAAGAGCCAUUUGACUGUGCCGUUUGUCUCUGUGAGUUCACAGAUCAAGACCAUCUCAGGCUGUUACCUCUGUGCAGCCAUGCCUUCCAUAUGGAUUGUAUAGACACCUGGUUGCUGUCAAAUUCAACUUGCCCACUUUGCAGAGGGGUCCUUUUCCCCCCUGAUAUUUGCAUUGAGAACCCAAUGUUCCGUUUUGAUGAUUCAAGAAUUGAUGAGGAUGAUGAUGACGAAGGGGUUUCUAGUUCUAGACCGGGUGAAGAUGCAUCAUCCAUUGUGAGUGAAAGGAGGGUGUUUUCGGUGAGGCUUGGGAAGUUUAGGAGUGGAAACAACAAUGGUGAAGGGAAAGAAGGAGAGACCAGCGGUAACCGUAAUAUGAGUGCAAGGAGGUGUUACUCAAUGGGUUCUUUUCAGUAUGUGGUGGUUGGUGAUUCAGAGCUGCAAGUGGCACUUUCUCCAGCCAGUCGUGGUGGUAGAGUUGGGGAGGUGAGCAGACUUAGAAGAUGUGGCGGUCCUCAGAUGGAGGGGCGGGGUUUGCCUCCAUCAGGUGGUUUUGAAUCGUUCGGUCUUGAAGCUGGUAGUAGCGGCUUCUGGGGUGGUGGACAGAUGAACAAGGUGGGAUGGAGAGGUGGAGGGCUGAAUGGGAAUUUGAGCGGUGAUGUGGAUAGUAGUGAUGGGAAGAGGAUUAUUGACAUGAGGAGUAAAGGUGAGAGCUUUUCUAUUUCAAAGAUUUGGCUUUGGUCCAAGAAAGACAAACUUGUUGCUUCUGCGCAACAUACUCACUUUCCUGGUUCAGCAGCUCCUUCCUGUUAAUUCUCCAUGAAAAACAAACACCAAAAACACCUUCAUUGCAUACACAUUUUACUCUUUAUCUUGAUGACGUGUUUGUGUCCCACGCCACCUCAAAUACGAUUAGAAAUUUAGAAUGUAAUAGAGAUUAUAUUUUGACACUUUAGAGUUUCUACGGUAUUGUUAUUGCUCAAAUUAUAAGGGAUUUUAAGUUGUUUUUGUACAAC